AUGCACGUGGUCGACAUCAGCUGGUUCACAGAGAGCAUGAAGGAGGGUCGCCCUGUCGCCGUGGAGACCAGGCACCUGAUUCAGGACCUGCAGACGCUCGCGGACCCCUCUGCGGACCCCUCAGCGGACCCCUCAGUGUCUCCAUACGCCUGCCAGAGACUCACCUCCACGGAAAACAAAAACAAGAUUUUCACAAGCCCUCCCUUCUGUCCAUCGGCCUCACAUUCUCUCAGAUCCAGUCCCAUCCCCCAGCACCACCCCUCCAUGUGGCCUCGCUCCCCUGACCACAGGGAGUUAGCAGGUCGCCAUCUGCUGGUCAGUGACAGACGGAGCGGCAGGAUGGAUGUGACCUGGGAACUGGGAGUGGAAUAA